AUGAGUGAUGGGCCAUCGUCGGGAAACGUGCCGGAUAGUAACGCCUCUGUGGCGAACAAUGCGGAGGAAUUAGAUACACAGGGCUCCAUUGAUAAGCGUGUUAGGAGUAUAAAACUAUUUAUCACGAACAGCAUAACCAGCAAGAUCAGAUCGAAACUGCCGAAUGUCGCCUGCUACCUGAAACGUUUGGUGAGGUUGAAGAAUGAUGGGAAAUCCGAAUCUGAGAGGGAUGGGAUCGUUGGUGGGAGCCCUGAAGUGUCUGAGAUCAUGGAAGGCAUGUUAAAUCGCACGAUGUUCGAAAUCUCCGGUGUGUCGAUCAACGAACAGAAUGCAGCAGAAGGCAGGGGUUCGGUCGACUGGCCCGAGAACUCAGUGAUCGAAACGAGGUGGUACGAAACUGCCAGUGACCCCUCAAAUCCUGAAGGACCUUCGACCUCCACCGCAAACACGAACGACAACACAAGUACAUGCAAUAUCAUUGAUUAUGAUGGGGGUAGGGGGCACCCUUUCAUACGGGUCCUGGAGAGGACGACACAACACGAGUCAUUAAUUUUCAUCGACCGAGAUGACGAUCCCGCGCGCGCGCAAAAGAAAAGCGUCGAGUCCCUUGGAAGAAGCAUUAGCGAUUGGGUAGGUAAUUUAUUAGACAGAAAAAGACGGCCCCUGGCCACAUACUUUCAAAAAUCAACCACCGUCCGAUCGAUUUUAUAAUGCUGGUCAGUUCACAUUAUAGUAAUAAUCGAUCGAUAUUGUGAUAAAUAAAUGUAGAAUUUGUAACAUGUUCACCCCCUCUCCCAUCAGCAAAUUCUAAAGCGUAAAGCAUCGCGUUUUAAAUUUGCUUCAAAACAAAUAACAGACAAUUUCUAAAGAAACACUUCAUCUGAAAGAUCGCGAUAGAUUGCCAUAGAUUAUUUUUGUAACAUCUUAGUUCAGUUAUGCUUCUUUUUCAAAUAUCAGAUGAUCCACCUGAUCAUCCACUUUUAUAA